UCCGAUGACCUACGUCUUCAGCAUGGAGAGUAUAAUACAUACGUACACAUCAAGUUUUGUCAAACUAAGUACACAGUUUAUUAUUUAGGAAUGACGACUGAGGCUGAGUUUCUACCCAUUAUUAGGCUUCAGGCUGACGAUACAACCGCAUUUCUUCGCGCAGCUCGAUCUGGGAACCUCGAAAAAGUCAUCGAAUAUUUAGACACUGAUCUAGAUAUCAAUACAGCCAACUCGAACGGUCUAAACGCUUUGCAUUUAGCAUCGAAAGAUGGACACGUUGAAAUAGUGACGGAACUUUUGAAAAGAGGUGCAAAGGUCGACGCUGCGACAAAGAAAGGCAAUACCGCAUUGCACAUAGCAUCUUUAGCUGGCCAAGCGGAAAUAGUUAGUAUUCUUAUUCAAUAUGGUUCUGCGGUUAAUAUUCAAUCGCAAAAUGGAUUCACACCAUUAUAUAUGGCGGCCCAAGAGAAUCACGAUCAGGUCGUCAAGCUGUUGCUUAGCAAUGGAGCCAAUCAAAGCCUCGCUACGGAGGACGGAUUCACCCCGCUUGCUGUGGCUAUGCAGCAAGGGCACGACAAAGUCGUCAGUGUACUUUUGGAAAAUGAUUCGAAGGGAAAAGUUAGGCUACCGGCGCUUCAUAUCGCCGCUAAAAAGGACGAUUGCAAAGCCGCCGAUUUACUUUUGCAGAACGACCACAAGCCAGAUGUCACAUCUAAGAGUGGUUUCACGCCUCUCCACAUUGCUGCUCAUUAUGGAAACGAGGAGAUAGCACGUUUGUUAAUUAAACGUGGCGCUGAUGUGAACUAUUUGGCAAAGCACAAUAUCAGUCCUCUCCAUGUAGCAGCGAAAUGGGGCAAAAAUAACAUGGUAAAAAUCCUAUUAGAGAACUCGGCACAAAUAGAUGCAAAAACUAGAGAUGGUUUAACUCCAUUACAUUGUGCUGCGCGAUCUGGACAUGAGGAAGUUGUUAACACUCUUCUUGAGAACUCAGCACCAAUCAGUGCACGUACAAAGAAUGGUUUAGCACCUUUGCAUAUGGCAUCUCAAGGAGAUCAUGUGGAUGCUGCUAGGGCAUUACUCUAUCAUCGUGCACCAGUGGACGAAGUGACGAUCGAUUAUUUAACUUCGCUACAUGUAGCUGCACAUUGUGGCCACGUUAGAGUCGCGAAAUUGCUUUUGGAUAGAAAGGCGGAUCCAAAUGCACGAGCUUUAAACGGUUUUACGCCUCUGCACAUCGCUUGCAAGAAGAAUCGUAUAAAGGUCGUCGAGUUAUUGCUGAAACAUGGCGCAUCGAUCGAGUCUACAACAGAGUCCGGACUGACUCCCUUACACGUGGCCAGUUUUAUGGGAUGCAUGAAUAUCGUGAUAUUCCUACUACAACAUGAAGCCAAUCCCGACGUGCCAACUGUUAGGGGAGAAACACCCCUACACCUGGCAGCUAGAGCUAAUCAAACCGAUAUUAUUCGAAUUUUAUUAAGAAAUGGAGCCAAAGUCGAUGCACGUGCUAGGGAACAGCAAACACCGUUGCACAUCGCAUCCAGAUUGGGUAACAUCGAUAUAGUUAUGUUACUAUUGCAACACGGUGCAGCCGUUGACACAACAACGAAAGAUAUGCACACGGCAUUGCACAUUGCAGCGAAGGAAGGUCAGGAGGAGGUGGCCGCUAUUCUAGUGGAGAAUAAUGCCUCGGUAAAAGCCACAACGAAAAAUGGUUUUACGCCGCUCCACAUAGCGGCCAAAUAUGGCAAUAUGAACGUGGCAAAGAUCCUUCUGCAAAAGGACAGCAAGCUUGAUGCUCAAGGAAAGAACGACAUUACACCACUGCAUCUGGCAUGCCAUUACGAUCAUCCAAAUGUUGCGAAUCUUCUAUUAGAGAAGGGUGCUUCACCCCAUCUUGCAUCACAAAAUGGACAUACUCCGUUACACAUCGCUGCACGUAAAAAUCAGAUGGACAUUGCUUCUACUCUGUUGGAAGGCGGAGCGAACGCAAAUGCCGAGUCUAAGGCAGGAUUCACGCCUCUACAUUUGAGCUCACAAAAGGGUCAUUAUGAUAUGACGAAUUUACUUAUCGAGCAUGGAGCUGAUCCAAAUCACAAAGCUAAGAAUGGUCUAACAGCGUUACAUCUCUGUGCUCAAGAAGAUUUCGUCAGAGUCGCUUCGAUUCUCGUAAAAAAUGAUGCCAAUGUCGAAAGUCAAACCGAGACUGGUUAUCGACCUAUUCACGUUGCCGCACAUUUUGGAAAUCUCUCGAUGAUACGAUUUUUAUUAAAACACAAUGCCGAGAUCGACGUAAGAACGGCUCAAAAUUACACGCCCCUUCAUCAGGCCGCGCAACAGGGUCACGCUCAUGUUGUUAGUGCUCUUUUAGAAGGAAAUGCAUCGCACAAAGCUCGUACAAACGAUGGCUUGACUGCUUUAAAUAUUGCUCAAAAGUUAGGAUAUAUAUCAGUGAUGGAAGUAUUAAAAGGAAUGCCUUAUGAUAAUUUAGCUCCGGAUAAUAAAAAUUGGGAAGAAAAGUACAAAGUUAUAGCGCCAGAGAGUUUGCAAGAAACGAGUCUUAUGUCCGAUUCCGAUGACGAGGGUGCUUCGGAUGCAUUGAUUAGCGAGCAACCAUACAAAUAUCUUACCGCGGAUUUAAUGAAGAGUCUACGAGAUGAUUCCUUACCAAUCGAUGUAACGAAGGACGACCCAAUACACAGACAAGUUACAAAAGAAGAAAAACAGGAAUUCACUCAAAGUAAUAAUUACUGUCUCGCAGAAAACUUUGACAGUAAUGAUACAUUGAAUUUGGGGAGACUUCACUUCCGAUCAUUUUUAGUGAGUUUCCUCGUGGAUGCACGAGGUGGUGCAAUGAAGGGUUGCAGGCAUAGUGGUGUACGAAUAAUUGUUCCACCCCGUAGAGCAACGAUGCCAUUACGGGUAACGUGCAGAUUAGUAAAACCUAGUAAAGUAGCUAAUCCACCGCCUCUAAUGGAAGGUGAGGCUUUAGCAACUCGAAUUAUAGAGAUGGGUCCAGUUGGAGCAACCUUUUUAGGGCCAGUAUUGAUCGACAUACCACACUUUGCAUCGAUCCGUGGCAAAGAGAGGGAAAUUAUUAUUCUUAAGAGUGAAAAUGGAGAAACGUGGAAAGAGCAUGAUAAUUCGGUCGAUAAUGACGACACCUUGCUUAAUACACCACAUGAUCCCCAAAUGAACGCAGCCCAUUCCGGCAGAAUAACUCGUAUAAUAACGACUGAAUUUCCUCAAUACUUUGCGAUAGUGACUAGAAUCAAGCAAGAGGUACACGUGAUAGGAGCCGAAGGUGGAAUUUUAAUGUCUAGUGUAGCAAACGACGUUCAAGCCGUAUUUCCACCUGGUGCUCUGACGAAAAAAAUCAAAGUUGGCUUACAAGCACACGUCAUCCCUGCAGAGCUUACAGCCAAACUUUUAGGUAACUGUGUUGCUGUAUCACCCGUCAUUACAAUUGAGCCCAGAAGAAGAAAGUUUCACAAGCCGAUUACUUUGACUAUACCCGUGCCACAAGCUGCGAACAAAGGAAUGAUCAAUCAAUAUGGAGGCGAAACACCAACUUUACGAUUGCUUUGCAGUAUCGCUGGUGGUACCAGCGAAGCCCAAUGGGAAGAUGUUACUGGUUCAACACCAUUGACGUUCAUGAAUGACCGUGUGUCCUUCACAACCACAGUUUCAGCCAGGUUUUGGCUAAUGGAUUGUAGGAAUAUUAGCGAAGUUCCAAAAAUGGCGACGGAACUAUAUAAAGAAUCUUUGUUUAUACCUUACAUUACAAAUUUCGUAAUAUAUUCAAAACGAAUGGAUACUCUCGAAGCUACGUUAAGGAUAUUGUGCAUGACUGAUGGCAAGGAAGGAAUGCACACGUUGGAAAGACAAGAAGAAUUCUUGGAGAUUGUAAAGAGCCGUGAUGUCGAGGCUCUACAUGGAAAAGAUCUUUACAUCGAAUUCAGCGGAAAUCUAAUACCAGUCACAAAGUCAGGAGUACAAUUAAAGUUCACUUUCAAAGCUUUCCGUCAGAAUCGUCUAUCAUUUCACGUUAAAGUAAAAGAUCCACUUUUGGAUCCCGUAGCGAGAAUGUUAUUUAUGCGCGAACCUAAAGUUGCAAAGGGUGAACCACCACAGCAACCAAUUUGUGUACUGAAUAUCGUCUUACCUGAGGUUACGAGCAAAAUUGAAAUUCAGAAAAAACUAACAGCAACAUACGAAGAUUCGAAUAUCAUAAAUCAAAAAAUGGACUUUUACAAAUCAAAAUACGGUAUGGAACAGAAGGAGAAGGGAGACCAGCCAAAAGACACGUCACCGUCAGAGGAAAAGUUCAUUGCCGAUACUCUCCAGAAAGAACAAACAGAUGCCGCUACUAUCCACGAAUCCUUUGCACAAAAAGCGGCUUGUCCCCUAGAAUCCGUAGAUGCUAGUUAUCCCAAUAAAAUAGCCGGCCAACAAGAGCAUGAUCUUUCGCCUAGCGUCGAAAAGCAAACAUAUUCGGAGAAGCGAAAAUUCUGGGAGGAUAUAUCAAAGAAGAGAGAGAGUUAUCAACGUUCUGAAUCCGAGGUAUCAAGGACCUCACAAUUGACAGUCAACGAGAGCGACAGUGAGUAUAUGCAAAAUGUCGUAUCGGAGGAAGAGAUAACUGAGGUAACAUCCGUUGGCUCGGAUACUAUGGAAAAUGUUAAUAUCCCUGAUAUUUCGGAAUGUUCCGUUGCGGAGAAGGCACAUUAUUUUGAGGAACAAAUACAAAAGGAAUUGAGUAAGGUACCGGCUAAAUUGCAACAGGAUACUGUGAAACCUGAAAAAGAUAAAAGUGUUAAGAUUCAACGAGUGGAAAAGCCUAUUGAUGUUGCCCAAGUGGAAACUACGAGAGAUGUUGAACAUGAGGGGAAAGAAUUAAUGUCGAGUCAUGUAGAAGAGAAGGAUAAAGACGAAAGUGAUAAGUUAAGGAAGGAAGACUUCAAAGAUGAAGAGAUUACAUAUAAGUUCCAUAGGGAGGAAUAUCGAGAGACAUUAGUUGUUGGUAUGGAAAAAAUGAUUGAACUGGAUCGAAAGGUAAAGGAUAUAAUGGACAAGAAAGAAGAUGAAAAGAAAGAGUCUGAAUUAAAGAAGAAAAAGGAAGAAAAGGGAAUUAAGAAGAAGGCGUCUGAACUAAAGAAAAAACUAGAAGAAGAAGAAGUAAAGAGGAAAGAGACUGAACUACAGAAGAAACAAGAUGCUGAAUUAAAAAAGAAACAAGAGGAAGAGGAAGCAAAGAGAAAAGAAACUGAAUUGAAAAAGAAACAAGAGGAAGAGGAAGCAAAGAGGAAAGAGGAAGCAAAGAGGAAAAAAGAAGAAGAAGAAGCAAAGAGGAGAAAAGAGGAAGAGGAAGCAAAGAGAAAAGAGGCUGAAUUGAAAAAGAAACAAGAGGAAGAGGAAGCAAAGAGGAAAGAGUCUGAACUAAAAAAGAAGCAAGAGGAAGAGGUGAAGGAAGAAGUAAGAAAAUCAAAGAGGAAAGAAGAAAUGGAACUUGAAAAAGAAGCAUAUGAGGAAUUAGAAAAGCACAUUGAAAAAGCUGCGUUGGUACAAAUUUUACCAGAACAAUUGGAAAGGUCGAUCGAGGAAGCUAGGGAAAUACAUCAUAAAGAAUUACCAGAGCAUAUAGAUAGAAUCGUCGAAAAGCACGAAUUGGAACUUCAAAAAGAAUAUUUAAUCGAACGUGGGGAAUCUCCAAAGCACACUAUGGAAGUUGCAAGUAAAGAAAGUGAAUUUAUGCAGAUACAUUCAAAACAGGCGGAAGAUAUUUCAAUGCAAGAAAAAGGUUUGGGCAAGGAUAUAUCAACUGGGAGACGCGUUAUAAAGGAAGAAACGACUAUAAUAUGGAAGGUUCAAGAAGAUGGAAGUUUAGUGCAAGAAAAAGUGACAAAGACUGUUCAAAUUGAAGGAGACGAAGAUGUGCCUGUAACCACAGAAAUAAUCAAUGUUCCUGAAACUAGUUUAGAACCAAAAGUGCUGUACGAAGAACAUUAUACUGUUGGUGAUUUGGAGGAAAAAUUGAAGGAGGAUACUAAGAUCGAGAUAAGUAAAAAAGAUCAAGUUACUGAAUUUAUUCCGGAAGUACAAAAAGAAAAGAUUGAAGAUUUAGGAAAAGAAAAAUCAGAGGAGGACAAGAUUAGCCCUCAAAAGUCCACGAUCGAAAGUGAUAGUAAAUUAAUGAAAAAAGAAUUUGAAUCACGUAUACCAAUUUCAAUGGCUAAAGUUGAAAAAGAUAGAAAUCACAAGGAAUCAUCGAGGAGCAAAAUUUCAAUAGAGUCGAAACGUUUGUUAGAAAAAUCAGAAAUCGAUAAAUCGAGUAUUCCACAAGAAGAGUUUAGCAUCACGUCACCCAUUGAUAAGAAAAAAGAAUUUGAAUCUCGUAUUCCUAAACGUAUCAUAGAUACUUCUGCAACUAAAUCGUCUGAGAAAGAUAUUAAAAAGGGAUAUCACGUUAAAACGGAAACGGAAACUUGCACGGUGACCGAGAAGAAAUCCUCCAGUCAGGAAACAACUUCCAAGAGUGAAACCCAAACAUUUUCUAAAACUUUUACUGAUCCACAUAAAGCAUUUAAAUUACUCGAGGACAUGAGCGAGAAAGAUACGAUAAAACUAUCUAAAGUCGAUCAUAAAGCUUCCAGUAAGUUAGAAAAGAAAGAAGUUGUAUCUUCCGAAAUUUCUAAAGGCACGGACAAAUAUAUUGUGCACGAAGAAAAAGAACAAAUCGAAUCUAAAAAAUUAUCAGAAUCCAAAAUGAAAAAGGAAUCGUCGACCGAAACAGUAGAGAAAGAGGAAAGUAAAAGUAAAAAAAUAGACGAGACAGCUGUUCAAAAGAUGUCGAUAAAUUUACAAGAUGGACAAGAAACGAUCGAUGCAAGUGCUUCAAAAAGUAGAAUUGAAGCCAAAAAGGAACAAUUAUCUAAAAAACUUGAAGACAAGGAAGGUAUAAUGACUGAGGAAUCUGGAGUCAAUAGAUUGAAGGAAAGUGAUAUCGAAAUAGCUAUUAAAAUAAGUAAAGAGGAUGAAAAAAAGAAAGUUGAAGACACCGGAGAACCUCCAAUAACAUCUAAAAUAUUCGAAGACUUGGGAAAAGUAGAAAUGGUAACUAAAGGAGAAUCGCAUAAAGAAACUGUUGAAAGUUUCGAUGCAAGACACUUUAUACCUACCAGCAAAGUAGACGAGAAGUUGGCAUCCGUUAAAAAGGAUGAAAAGCCAGAAGAAAAAGUUCUGACCCAUGAAACUUUGGAGGAGAGACAACGACGUGCUGCAAAAGAAAUAGAAGCUAGGCAAAUAGUGGAGUGUCUUAUAGAAUCGAUCGAAAGUGAAAUAACUAAAAGAUCAUCCAUAACGGAAGAUCCGAGAGCUGAGAUUAUUGACAGUAAUUAUCUACAGCAACUUGUUAAAGAAAGCGUAGAAACUGAUCAUGAAAAGUUAGCUGACGAUUUAACGAAAAAAUUCGAAAGUAUUAUGAAGAAAACAAUGGAGAAACAAUUGGUAGACUCUACAAAGGACACUGACUCUACCGCAGAAUCGGUAAAACGAAGAUCAUCUAUACACGAAGAAGAGAAAAGAUCUACUAGAGAUAGCAUGAGUAUAAGCGAGGAUAUAACAAAGGACGAAGAAUCCUCACUUCACGAUAGAGACGAAAGUUUACUUUUAUCUUCGUCACAGGCAAGAUUACCUGAAAGAGACAUUACAAUGAGUCCAAGUAGUAUAUCUGAUCAAAUAGAGUUAGAAGAAACGAUGGACGUUGAUACGAAUGAACUUGAAGACAUUACCAAGCCAACUUCAAGUCCACAAUCAGAAAAAUUACAUUCUGAUAGAUCUAGCGCACAAGCUGAAUCGUUACAAAGAGAAUCGUACGAGCCUCAAUACGAUAUCAGCUUGCCAAAGGACAGAAUAAUCUAUGACGUUUCUGGAGCAAGAGUAUUGGAGAUCGUUGAACCAGGUAUUGAUAGUCAAUCGAGACAAGAUUCUGUCGAUGUGCCAUCUCUAGAAAUGGACGAAUAUAAAAUCUCUGAAGAUACAGGAAAAACUAUUUCAUCUUUGCACGAAAGUGCAGCCGUAGAUUCUUUGGAAAGGAUUGCUCAAGAACGUGAUAUGACUUUUAGUCCUAGUACAGUAUCGGAAGACAUUAACGUUGAUUACUCCUUGGUACAUGAACAGGUCCCUACGACGACAACGGAAAAAUACGAAGUCAGCGUAAAAAGAGCUGACAGUUUUGAAAUCGAAAGUCCACCUCUUGUUUCACCAAGAUUAAAAAUAAGACACGAUCUUGAAAUAAAACCAGUCAAUUGGAUGAUUGGUGAUGAAAAAAUUGAAAUAUCUGAGACACUACAACCUUCGCAGGUGUUCAAUCAAGAAUUAGAGGAAUAUGAGACAACUAUAAGGAAACAAAGAUUAUCUUCCCAAAGUGAAUCGGCUGAUUUGGAACAAGAAUCCGCUACAAAAUCUUCGGAAGAUCCAAGUGUUAUAGAAUCUAUCAAGGAAUCUGUAACAACAGGAGAUACAACGGUGACUACAGUAAUUAAAACAAAAAAGUUUACCGUCAUUCCUGUCAGUGAUCAAGACAUAGAAAGUGAAUUAAUAGAAAAUAAAUUAGAAGUUAGCUGUCAAGAAUUAGUGGAUACCUUAAAACGUGAAUAUGAAGCUAAAACGCCUACCGAAGAUUUAACUACUAUCAGCAUACGACGACCUUUAUCCUUAGAAGAAGCAAAAAUAAAAUUAAGUGAAAUGAAAUUAGCGGAUUCGAGUAAAAUCGAAACAACUACCGACCAACAUGAAAUUUUUACCGACAAAGAAAGUAUUGACAUUGCUAAAGAAAUUACGUCCGUCUCUGAAGAAAAAUUAGAAGCUAAAGAAGAAGUUACGUCGCAGAUUGGAAAAGACGAAGAGAUCGAUGGAGAGUCAUUAACAGAGAAACACGAGGAAGUUAUAGUAAAGGAUAUUACAAUAGAGAAAAUUGGACUUAGCUUGGAGGAGAUAGCAGAACCAUUGAAGGAAGAUGUAAAGCUUUUAGAAUACAUCCAAACACAAGAUAUUGCUGCUGGAGGAGCAUUGGAGGAUGAUCCUAAUAAGGCUGUUCACGUGGACGAUCUCGCGAAAGAAUGGAUGGAACCGAGCCUAACGAAAAUAAAAGUUUCUAGCGAUGACUAUAAAAGACAUGUUGAGAAAGGUUUCGAAAAACGUGAUAAAGCAGCAAAAGUCAGCACGGUAACUUCUUCCGAUACAUGUGCCUUUAAAAUAAAGAAAGACGAUCUUCCAGGCGUUGAUUUAAGUGCGCGAUAUGCAAUUACAGUUCUAGAUCAAGUAGUUAAGAAAGAAAUAGCGGAGGUGAAGGAGUCCUUAGAGGCGGCGAGACAGGACUUGAUAGAAGAACUAAGUGAGAACAGUGAGACUGUAAUACAAAUCAAAGACUCACCUUCUGAAUUUCAAUUCAAAUUACAACCAGAAUCUAUACCCAAUGAUUUACCCUUUUUAUACAGACCCCCAUCUUUGGAACAGAUCGCCGUAGAUAUUGAAGUUACGUCGAAGACGGAAUCAUUGAUAGCGAGCGAGGAAAAGCCUGAUGAAUCGAAAAGAGAUGAGAAAGAAAUUCCAGCUACGGAAAGUGGAUCGGAAGAAAUCGAGCUCGAAGCAUCCGGUGACGAAAUGGACAAAGAGAAGGUAUGUAUGGAUAUUGAGAUGGAGCUAGACAAGUCUGAAACGGAAACUCUAUCUGCCGUCCAUGAAGAGAGUAAAGAAGACGAUGAUACACGUCCUAGUCCCGUACCAGCCAGCAGAUCAUGCUCAGACGUAGAGUACAAAGACGAGAGUUCCUCUUCCUUGCAUCCACCUCAACCAGUGCCAAGGAGACGACAUAAACCUGCACGGGCAUCGAAAAAAGUUACUUCCGAAAGUGAGGUCGAUCCUGGUUCCAGUUCGGGCGAGAGUAGCAACUAUCAAUCUUGCGACUACGAAAUUGGCAGUGGAAGUAGACCAAGUUCUUCUGAUGUUGAAGCCCUCCAGUCUGCUACGAUGCCACCAUCGGGAACAACUUCCGAGUAUGAGACAGCGAUGAUGUCCGUUGAACACUCCGCCACCUCAAGGCCAACUUCUCAAGAAUACCAAACUGCCGUGAGUACAUUAAGUUCUCGCGAAUCUAUGAAAUCUUUAAGUUCGUUUAGUUCAGGCCAUCUUGGUAGUAUCGAUAGUACCAGCGAGUUAUCAGAAACAUUGGUAGCAUCUGAACCGGAUGCUGACAAGGGCGAAGAACACGAAGAUUUGGAACGUGCGUUUGACGAAGAACAUGCCGAAUCCGAUUCCUCUGGAAGUGACAUACCUAUGGACGAUGCGAUGGACAAAAUCGAUAGCAAUAUUCCAUGUCGAAUGAAGCGAUCGUCGGAAAUGAUAUUUCAACAAAUAAUGGACGAUAACGCCGCUCUCGAUACCGAUUUAGAUGAACCCAUUUUGGAACAAGACACGAAGGGAGUCGAUUUUGCGACGUCUGCUUUUGUUGUAACACCUGGUGCCGUGCAAUCGGUAGAUAUAAUGACGGCUAGGGUUACGGAAGAUGGCGUUCAAAGUGUAUCCACCCAGGUUAUUUCAACCCAAGUAAUUACGUCAACAACUGAGAUACCUACCGAAGAAACUACAUUGAAAACUACAAUGGGAAUAGAAAUUGAAGAUAAACCAUCGGAUGAGUCGCUCGAAAUGCUAAGUAUGGAACCAGAUUCUUUGGAACCGAAAUCUGGAAUAAGUGGUACACCAGAUGAAAGUGCUGAAACGGUGAUGCAAAUGUCAGCGCAUUCAAUGAUACAACAAGCGAGUAUGUCUACAUCUUCAACCUCCGGACUGUCUCUUGAUACAGUUAUAGAGAAAGCAAAAUCCGAACGAUCCGAAUCACCAGGUAGCGAUUCUUUUGAACUAGUCGAUAAGCCUGAUAUUAUAGAUGAUUUUGUUGUGAUCGAAGAAGUUGGACGUGAAGCAGAAGAAUUUGAUUCUGAAGGUAAAAGUAUACGUAUUACCGCAAUACCUCAAGUUAGUAGUAAACAAUAUGAUCGAGACUUGGAGAACUUAAUAACGGAGAAUAAAGAAGAUUCUCAAGUGUCUACCAGCCAAACUUCCCGGAAUAAUGAAUUAUUCGACUUUGAAUCUGAAGAAAGUCCACCCCAAGCAUCCAACGACGAUCAAUAUUCUCAAUCUUAUUCAGACGAGGAACCGUAUGAAACUGGUAAAAAAUGGAUUGAAAUGCAAUUUCAUACGGACGCAAGAGUCUACGAUAUCGAAUACGAUCGUGGUCCCUUAGAAGACAUCAAAGAAGAAGAGAUUACUGAUUUCGAAGCUGGUAGUAGUCGAUUUGGAAGUUUAGGAAGUCACAAAGAAUCGAUAGGAAGCGUUGGUAGUAUGCGUGGUAGUUUUGGUAGCACUCCAGAUUAUGAUGUUCUAGCUGGGAAAAAAUAUUUCACUAAACCUUCGGAUCACGAUACUGUUUCUCUCAGUUCGUUACAGGAAUUCGAACAUCUGGAGAGUGCCGUAGCGGCAGAAAACUCGAAAAGAUUGCAAUGUGGUUCUCAGGAUUCAAUUAAUAAUGGGAGUCUUCCAAGAAGGUAUAUGACCGGUCGAUCUGGUCAUGGAGAUGAUAUUUCUCUGUCUUCGUUAAAAGAUUUUGAAGGUCUAGAAAGAGCUUGUCGGGAAGCUCACUUAAUUGAACUUCGUGCUAGGGAGGAAGAAGAUCUUUUGGAACAUGAAAGCCCUGAAAAUAGAUACAAAAUGGAAAGUCUUCAACGUAAAUCGGAAAUUAGUGCGGCAGGCUCAAUUAAUCCAAGCACUUCUGGCUCGGACGACUAUGAGAAGAGAAUAAAAGAAAUUGAUGAAAUUAUACGUAUAGCUCAGUCUAACGUAGAGAGAUUAGACCGACAAGAUGAUACUACUGAAGAUAUUUCACAGAUAGAAAUUACAGAUAUUGAAAAAACUGGUUCAGAAGCUAUUGUACCAGUGGUAACAGAAGCAGAAGACAUCCAACGUGCCAAAGAUACAAAUAUCAUGGAGACAAGUACAGAUUCAUUGGAAUUAGAAGAUAAUGCGGAUAAAAAACAUCCCUUAUGUCAAAGUUCAGAUUCUUUAGAAAUGAAAACAACAUUAGAUUUCCCAUCUUUAAGUUCUGACUCAUUGAAUAAUGUUAGAGAUGCCAGAGACGUUCAACUUGACGUAGCAGAACAAUUUAGUAAUGGAAGACGUAUGUCAUCAGAUUCUUUGGAUGUACCUAUUAUUGGACAACCUGAUAAUGAUAUACAAGAAGAAAGUAAUAAUCAUUCUGGAAGACCGGCAGUUGAUAAUUCUAUAGGACAAAGUUCAUCAACAGAAACAAAUAUUGCUAAACAAGAUACAACAAAAUUACCAUCAAGUAGUAAAACAUAAAAAAAAAAAAUAUGAUCCAUAUAGAUAGAGGACUAUGGUGAUGAAUUUCACACGACUUCAUAAAUAUACUACAAAAUAAUUCAAGAAGCUUUACAUGUAAAACAUGAUAUCAAGAGUAAUAUACUACAGAACUUGUGCAUUGUGGAUAUAUAAAACAUUGUAUUUAUGUUUGUUUUUGUAGCAUCUUCUAAAAAUAUUUGUAUUAAUAUGCUUAAAUAAGAUAGUUACAAUAUUCAGAAUAUAAUGUUGUUGUGCAAAUGAGAUAGGAGAGUGAAAGAUGCUGCUUGCUUGUUUAAUAUUAAAUAUGUAAUGACAUAUUUAUAAUUCAUAAUGUACUGUUUUUAAAAAAUGCUGAAUUGUUUUACGAAAAACUGUUUAAACUUUUGAUAUAUGUUGCAUUUAUGAAUUUAUAUUUUACAUGCUACUUAUAUCUUUAUCUUGUAUUAUAGUAAGAGCGUAUCUAAAUGAUAAGUUAUAAAAAUGUCUCAAUUAUAUGAUAUUAUCUUAUAACUUUUUUCUUCAAAAACUUUGACAAAUUCUACAUAUCUUGCAAUUUAUAUUAUAAUUUGUAAAUUUUUGUGAGUUAUAAUACAUCAUAGAGCUAUUUUCUGUGAAUACUCAUAAGCAAGAAAAUACUUAAGAUUUAAAUAGGAAAUUUUAUAUGCAAAUGUAAUAUUUAGAAUUUACAAAAUUAGAUAUUACAAGAAUAGACAGGAAGCAUUUUUCAAAAGGCCAGCAUAUAUAACAUUAUAAAUCUUUUUGAAAGGAACGUAAUUAUUAUUAUUACUGUUGUUGUUGUUCUUUUUAUUAUUAUUAUUAUUAUUAUUAUUAUUAUUAUUAUUAUUAUUAUAUUAUUAUUAUUAUUAUUAUUAUUAUUAUUAUUAUUAUUAUUAUUAUUAUUAUUGUUAUUAUUCAUUAGCAUUAAUUUAUUGAUUUAAUUUAAACUUUUAUUGAUUUAGUUUAAAUCACUUAAGAUGUAAAAAUCAUACAUUAUAUUUGCAUAUACAUUACCUAAAUAAUCUUUUUUAUCACUUUGAAGCUAUGUUCUUGUUAAUGAGAAAUAUAAAUUUAUGUACCACUUUAUACGAAGAAUUUUUAUACGCAACAAACCUUUUAUUACGAACAAUUUUAUUUUCAUUUCAUGUUUCUAAAGUGCUAUGUAAAUUUAUAUACUAUACAUACAUUAUAUAUAGAACCAUAAGAUAUAUAUAUAUAUAUAUAUAUAUAUAUAUAUAUAUAUAUAUAUAUAUAUAUAAAUACUCCACUUGAUUUGCAUUAAAUGAAAUGCUACAAACAUAAAGGCAACAUUUGUGGAAAAAUAAGAAAAAUGAAGAAAAAUACGCCUAACAUUAAAUAUUAACUAUUAAAGUUUAUCUUCUCUUAAAUUUCUUUUGUUUCUUUUCUAAUAAUUUUAUGCUAAGUAUCAUAUCUAUGUCUUACCAAUUAUUUCAUAUAAAACAAAUCAUGUUAACAAAUAUGAAAUAUGCGAAAAGAAGAAAAUAUGUAAGAAUCGAAAUACGGCAUACAAAAAAAAAGAAGAACAACUCUCACCUUGUUUCAUGUCCUUUUCCUUGUCCUAUUUAAUUAAAUUCUAAUACCUAACGGUUUUUAUCAAAUCGCUUUUUGCUUAUUAUGAUAACAUGCACGCAAUAAAAAAUAAUUAAUUUUAAAAUAAUAAAUAGGAUUAUUAAAGUCAAUCGAGAACAAUCUAACGCACCAUAAUAUUUCACCUAAGUCCGAUUUCGCGGGAUUCACCUUUAUUCAGACAAUAGCAACGUGAUUUCAAUGUUGCCAAUAUAGUUUUUUGUUUAUCUGCGUUGUAAUAAUUUACAGUUAAUAUAUAUAUGUAUAUAUAUACUAUUUAUGAAACCAUUAAACUUAUUAAAAACAAUAA